AUGUCGAACACAGACGACAAGACACGAGAUCCUCAGGUCCAGGCUGAGGAAGUCGUUGCCACAGAAGUCAAACCAACUUGGAGAAGUUACAUCUGGGACAGCCUCGACAAAUCGCCUGAAGAGCGGAAGUUCUUGUUCAAGCUCGAUUCUGCGGUCCUUACUUUUGCCUCUCUCGGCUAUUUGAUCAAAUAUCUCGAUCAGGCGAACAUCAACAAUGCAUUCGUUUCUGGAAUGAAGGAAGACCUGUCCCUCUAUGGCGAUCAGCUGAACUACAUGCAAACAUUGUGGACUGUUGGAUAUGUCAUCGGCCAAAUACCGAGCAACAUUAUCUUGAGUAGGGUCCGUCCAUCGAUCUGGAUCCCGAGCCUGGAACUGGUUUGGACUAUUUUAACAUUCGCCACUUCUCGAUGUAAUACAGCAGAGCGAUUGUACGGCAUUCGCUUUCUCGUAGGACUGGCAGAAUCUGGCUUCUACCCAGGCAUGCAAUAUGUCAUUGGCAGCUGGUAUCGGAAAGACGAGCUGGCAAAACGUUCUUGCAUCUUCCACUGCUCCAGUGCUGUCGCACAGAUGUUCUCAGGGUAUCUGAUGGCUGCCGUCUACCAUCUUGAAGGUGUUGGUGGGUUCAGGGGCUGGCAAUGGCUGUUCCUCGUGGAUGGCAUCAUAUCUCUUCCCAUUGCUCUCUCCGGAUACCUCAUGUUACCAGAUGAACCGGAAAAUACCAGGGCUCUGUACUUGACGGCCGAGGAGCGAGCAUUCGGCAGGAAGCGCAUGGAAAAAGAGGGCCGCAAAGGAAAACAGCCAUAUACCAGGGCCAAAUUCUGGAAGAUCUUCAGCUCCUGGCACAUCUAUGUGCUGACGUUGCUGUACAUCACCUUCAACAACGGGAACAACGCCUCGGCGCCGGCUUUCUCGCAGUUUCUCAAAGCAUCGACAACUCCCAAAUAUGAAAUCUGGCAAAUCAAUGUGUACCCGACAACGACAUUCGCCGUGCAGAUCGUCACAACGCUUGCCUAUGCUUGGACUUCGGAUACAGUUUUCCGCGGCGCACGUUGGCCGGGAUUCAUCGUCGGUGGCUGCAUGAAUGUACUUUGCUGUGUGUCGCUGGCUGUGUGGGACAUACCAAUUGGGUGGAAGUGGGCAUGCUUUAUUUUGGCUGGAUUUGGAUAUGGACUUUCUGGUCUAGCCUUUGCGUGGGCGCAUGAGAUCUGCUCUGAUGAUCGCGAAGAGAGAGCUUUGGUCACUGGGUCAAUGAACGAGAUCGCAUACGUCGUCCAAGCAUGGUUACCACUCCUCGUUUGGAAGCAGACGGAUGCUCCGGAAUACCAGAAAGGAUAUAUCACAGUCUCAUGUCUGGCAGUGCUCAUGAUGGGAACGGCGAUGUUGACUAGAUGGUUGCAUCAGAGACAGAUCGGUUCACAUAAGCGUGAGUCUGACGGGGAGCUUGCGGAGGAAGUCAUCGUUGACGCUAAGGCGUAA